AGGCCCAGGCCAAGAUGGCGGCGGCGAAAGCCACCCCCACGGACUCGCUGUCGUUCUGCCUGGAGCAGCUGGCGGGAGCGGCCGGGGCCGACGCGGGCGGGGGGAAGGGGCCGGCGGCCGACGGAGCCCCCCUGGGCCGCGCGCUGCUGGCGCUCCGCACGCGCCACGUCAAGGCGACGGGCGGGAUCGAGCGCUUCCGGGCGCGAGGCGGGCUCCGCCCCCUGCUGGCGCUGCUGCGGCAAGCCGCCGCCGGCCCCGCCCCCCCGCCGCCCCGCCCCGCCCCCGCCCCCGCCCCCGCCCCCGCCGCGUCGCCGGCCGCCGCCCCGCCCCGCCCGCCCGACGCCCCCGCCGCUUCCCCUGCGGAGCCCGCGGAGGCCUCGUCUUCCACCAAGCCGUCCCCGCCGCCGCCGCCGCCGCCGCCGCCGCCAGUGCGCCUGCGCAAGACGCUCGACUUGGCUCUGAGCAUUCUGGCCAACUGCUGUACCCAGGAGCCCUGCAGGGCCGAAGUGCGCAGGCUCGGAGGCAUCCGCUCCCUCGUGAACAUCCUGCAAUGCAUAAGGACCGACAGCAUCCAGAAUCGCACAGCCCGAGCCCUGGGGAAUCUGGCCAUGGAGCCUGCUUGCUGUGCGGACAUCCACCUGGCCGCCGCCGUGCCCUUGCUGGUGGAGACCCUGACCUCCUCUCAGGACCCCCAGUGCCUCCAGAGCGUGGUCCGCGCCCUCCGCAACCUGGCGGACUCGCCCCAGCACCGCCUGGCCUUAGCCCAGCAAGGGGCCGUGCGGCCGCUGGCGGAGCUCCUGGCCGCCACCUCGGACCUCCCGCUGACCUGCGCCCUGACUCGGGCCCUCCUGGAGCUGAGCAGGGGCUGCUCCCGGGCGUGCGCGGAGCAGCUGAGCCUGGGGGGUGGCUUGAGCCCGCUGGUCAACCUGGCCACCCACCCCAAGCGGGCUGUGCGGGAGGCGGCCAUCUUGACCCUGGCCAAUCUCUGCGCCCAGGGCCUGGUCCGGCCGGCCCUGGGCAACGCCGGCGGCGUGGAGGUGCUGCUGCGGGAGCUGCGGAGGAGGCGGGGGCCCGACGGGACGUCCCCGGCCUCCCAGCAGCCCCUGGUGCGGGCCGUCUGCCUCCUGUGUCGGGAGUCCAUCAACCGGCUCCGGCUGCGGGAGGGUGGGGGCCUGGAGCUGCUCAUGUCUCUGCUGAGAGACCCCCGGGCGGGGGCCUCUCACCCUCGGGUGGUGGCCGCCCUGGUCGGCUUCCUGUAUGACACGGGGGCCCUGGGCCGGCUCCAGGCCCUGGGCCUGGUCCCGCUGCUGGCCGGGCAGCUUGGGGGCGAAGUGGGGGACGAAGAAGAGGAGGGACGCGAAGCCGCCUCCUGGGAUUUCCCUGAGGAGCGGACGCCUGGGCCUGCCGAGGCCGGAAGCUUCCGGAGCCUCCGGUCUUGGCUCAUCUCAGAAGGCUAUGCUGCCGGCCCCGAGGACAUCUCCCCCGACUGGUCUCCGGAGCACUGCCCCCUGCCCGACUCCUCCGAACCGCCCGCCCUCCCCGCCCGACCCCUUCAGUCCCGUCGCUCCCGCGAGGGCUCCUCCCCGAUCCUUCCCCAGACUCCAACUUCGGCCACAAAGAGCCGAGUGUCUCCCGAUCCCCGGGCUCCCAGCCCCUCCCUGUUGCCCCAGGAGUCCCCCAGCCCCUCCCAGUUGGCCUCCAGCUCUUCCCAGCUGCUUCCCGGGGUCUCUCGGGAGACCGGCGGACCUUCCCGUGACAUCCUUAGCCCUCUCCGGUCCCCGCGGCACCCCCCUAGCCUGCCCAGUCCCCCCGCAGAACCCCCCGCCUCACCCAAGGAGGCCAGAAACCUUUCCCAGAAACCCCAAGGACGGGGCGAAGAACCGUGGGGGAGGGAAGGGCCGGCGCUGCUGCUCCUGUCUCGCUUCUCCCAGGCCCCCGACCCGAGCGGGGCGCUGGUGACCGGGCCGGCACUGCAGGGCCUGCUGGGCUACGUGACGGGGGCCCCCGGCCCCCCGAACCCCCGGGCCUUGCGCAUCCUGUCUCGCUUGACCUGCAACCCCGCCUGCCUGGAGGCCUUCGUCCGCAGCUACGGAGCCGCCCUGAUCAGGGCCUGGCUGGUUCUGGGCAUCGCCCCCGAGGAGCGGGGGGCGCCCGGGACCACGGCCACCGCCGACCCCGGGGCCCGACCGGGCGGCCGGAGGCACAGGGAGCUCGGAGAAAUGCUGCUCCAGAACCUGACCGUCCAGGCCGAGUCGCCCUUCGGGGUGGGCGCCCUCACCCACCUGCUGCUCUCGGGGACCCAGGAAGACCGAGUGGCUUGCGCCUUGACCCUGCCCUUCAUCUGCAAGAAGCCUUCCCUCUGGCGUCGCCUGCUCCUGGACCAGGGUGGCCUGCGCCACCUUCUGAUGGCCCUGCCCCGCCCCGCGCCCCAUCCCCUCUUCCUCUUCUUCGCGGCCGACUCUCUCUCUUGCCUCCAGCGCUUGGUCUCCGGCUCGACCGGUCCCUCCCCCGCGGGCCUCCUCUCUCCGGCUCCCGGCCCGCCCGAUCUCUCCCCCCCGGCCUCCGACCCCGGCCCUCCGGCCUCCCCUUGCCUCUACCUCCCCCUGACGGGCUCCACGCCCUCCCGCCCGCCCGACCUCCACUUCCUCCUGGACUGCGGGCUCCGCCUGCCGGCCCUCCGGGCCUCGGCCGCGGCCGCCUCCCCGUUCUUCCGGGCCCUGCUGCUGGGGGGCUUCGCCGAGGCGCGGCUGGCCCUGGUCCCUCUGCGGGGCCUGUCGCCGGGGGCGGCCCACCCCAUCCUCCACCACCUGCACGGCUGCCGGGGCUGCGGCGCCACCGCCCGAGCGGUCCCCCCGGCCGGCAGUCCCCUGGCGGGCUCCGAGGUGGAGGAGGCCCUGGAGGCGGCCGGCCGCUUCCUCCUGCCCGACCUGGAGGAGGAGCUGGAGGAGGCCGUGGGCCGGGCGCGGCUGGGCCCCCGCGCCCCGCCCGAGGCGGCCGGCGAGGUCUUCCGGCUCGGGGGGCCCCGGCUGGCGGCCCGUUGCGCCCUCUGGACGCUGGGGCCCCGGCUGAGCCCCCGGGGGAGGGCCGCGGCCCUGGCCGGGCUGGUGGAGGCCGCGGGGGAGGACGCGGGGCCGCUGGCCGAGGCUCUGCUGGGGGCUGUGAACGAGGCCACGUAAGACCCUGCCCUUGCCGCUGGGGCCUGGGAACACGAGGCUUCGGAGACCGGGGCCUCGCUGCCCGAGGCGUGACGCCUCGGCCUAGGGCGAGGAGACCGGGCCCAACCCCUAAUGGGACUCCUCAGGAAGUCAUCUCCGGGCCACGGUGGAGUCUGACCCGGCAGUUGGCUCUGCGGGGGUCCGGAGCCCCGUCCUCGGGGGCAGCAGAAGAGGGGGGACCGGGCCACCUCCUGCAGCAAGGUUUUGUGCGGGUGGGAGAGCUGGGCGAGCGGGCCGGGAUGGAAGAAGGGAGGAAGUAGAGGAACGGAGGGGAGAGGGGAGCAUCUCCCCCUUUCCCCCUUCCCCCCGCCGACCUCCGCCGGCUCGAAGUGUCAGGGGCCCACCCUUCUGCUGAAGCGGGAACAGGUGUGGCCGGGAGCCGAGGCCUAGCGGGGGGCGAAGGGGAGAGGUGUGGGUACGGGGGUCAGUCACCCUGGACUGAGUGGCCCCGGGUCAAGAAAGAGCCUCUCGCCCCUGGCCGAGGGGGCGGUACCCUGGCCAGAGAGACCCUGUCCGGCCAGGGGUUAGCUGUGAAGACGGGGGAGAAAGCCAGCGAGCGCAGCUAAGGCUAUUAAAGGCUCCCGAGCGUGGUC